CGAAAAAAAAAUGUUUCUACGAACUGUGCGGAGCCACGCGAAGCUGGGCGUGGCGGCGCUCAUGGGCGCCCCCAUGCUGCUUCCACAGCAGGAAGCGCAUGCGGAGCAGCGUGUGUACGCCAGUGGUGAAGCACUGGGGCGAGGAGUCCGUCUCGAGCUCUGGAAAGCUCAGCACGAGAACGUGGUAGUACUGGACCUGGAGAGCGAGUUGAUCCAGCUCGGUAUGACGAGGAUCCGCGACUACGAGAACGCUGGUGCCAAGUUCACUCAUGACGCGAACGGGGUGCUGCGCUCGACGUUGGACCUGGCGCUUACGGAGCUCCCGAACGACGAAGAGGCUGUCGUGACAACACCGCGUGGCUAUAAAGCGGAAGGUCUCGUGUUUGAGGACGACGUGAAGGUGUGCGGUAUCAGCAUUGCCGUGAACCCGGAGGCCCAAAAGGGUUUGUCGCAAGUUCUCCGUACUUCCCUACCGUAUGACGCCAAGUAUGGUGAGAUUUUGGUGCAAGAGGCCGCAAAGGGCGGUAACAAGAUCGCCAAGGCCAGUCUUCCAGAAGAUCUAGAUGGCCACGAAGUGCUGCUACUGCUGCCGGAACUAGCCUCCGUCUCCCAAAUUGACAAAGUUAUUCAUGCUUUCGAUGACGCUCGCUUGGUGACCGCGUCCUUUGACUCGAGGCGUAACAAUGAAGGCCACAUUGUACCCGGUAUUGGCUCCUUCGAAGAGCGCUACCUGGGUGCCCCAAGCUCCGUUGUGGAUGUCGUGGACGAGGCUGUGGAGUCGAGCAAGGAUGAGAACGCUCUGAAGGCAAAAAUUACGUCGAAAAUCUCCUCGUGGUUCAAGAAAGACUGA